AUGUCCUCUUUGUCUUUGUCCUGGAAUAACCUGAGCUGGGAUCAGUGGGUGGAUUUCCCAGCUUGGGUGAGCAGAAAUGCUCAUUGCUUCACUUGGCUCGAUGAGGAUUCCAAGUGGACAGUGCAGAGGUUCCAGGCCAGUCUCCUGUUGAGUGAAGGAGGGUGCCACAGGCUCUGCUAUCAAUUUUCCCAGUUAUGGCUUCCUAUGCUCUGCACUCUUGUUUCAGGUGCCCUGUGGGCUGAGAGAGAUGUAAGUGGAGUUAUGGGAAGAACGAUCACAAUUGAUUGUCACUAUGAAGGAAACUACCGCUUAUACACGAAAUAUUGGUGCCGUGGGUGGAAUCGCCACUGUUCCGUUUUAGUAGAAACAAACGGGCAGCACGGACGGAGGGGAAGAGCGUCAAUCACAGAUAACCCGGCACGGGGAAUAUUUACUGUUACUGUGGAGGAUCUUCACUCUGGAGAUACAGGAUGGUACAGCUGUGGAAUUACAACACCUGGCAAUGAUCCAACGUUUCCCGUACAUCUACAGGUCUCUGACGAACCCGUGUCUGUUCCUGUGCUUGGAUUUCAGUCACCGGCAAAUGCCUCAUGUGCUGGGGGCUCAGUGUCUGUGUCCUGUGAGUCUGUCCAGGGAUCCCUUUCCAUUCAGUACGCCUGGUAUGAAAAGACCCAGUCUGUAGAUUCUAAGAUCUCAGACACCAGUAAACUGGAUCUACAUUGUCAAUCCUUCAAACACCAACACCAUCAAUGUAACUGCACAGCGUCAAAUGUUAAUGGAACAAAAUCCAGUGAAGUGGUUAAUGCGACAGUCUUCAGUGGAACAGGGACCUGCAGUUAUGUGACAGAAAUCAACAGCAAUCGAGCUGGAUAUUUUUGUGAAACUUCUGCAACAGAAUCAAUGACGACUGCGCAUUCCUCAAAUACGGAAAUAAGAUCCAAUGAUACUUUACAUGAUAUGGAGUGUGCUGCGUUGGGUGCUCUUCGCUCUGCUGGGGAUCUGGAGUAUCUCAGUCACGUGGUUCACAAGAGACAUCAAGAGAAGCGAUGA